AAACUUGUUUCCAGAUACGGAAUUGCCUAGCGCCAAUAUAUCGUUGACUAUAUAUAUAAAAUAUAGUUGGGAGUUCUGAUGCAUUCAACAGUGCACUCUGAGAGCUCAAACUAGAAUGAUCAAAGUCAUCACGUUUCUGUGCUUCUUCACAGUGCUAUGCAUUUCCAUAGAUUUAAAUGAUGCAGCAACCAACGUAUUCUACGUGUUCCACAUUAAAGAAGUACCAAAGGUCCGAAAUGUAACAAAAACAACAACAGACAGUCCCUUCAACAAUACCAAGGACGACGACGUUGAGAUCGAGACCAACACGGAGUCAUCAACUGAGACCGAAGAGAUCAUCACUGGCUGGCGAAGUUCGCUCUUUUUUGCACCCAGCAAUGACUCUGAAACAGGGGAAACACUGUUUGAGGAGAGAGCUGAUUUCACCCACGAUGAAGAUGGAUAUCAAGUUAAAUAUAAUGUCAGCGAAGUACUCGUUGACGAUCGUCUGAGUCCAACGCUUCUCAAAGUGAUCACGGGCUAAAAACAAGUAUUAUUUAAUUGAACGAAUAACCGUGCAAUUUAAUCCAUUUGUGUAAAACACCAAAAAAUAUUCAUAUAUUUCUUAAAUAUCGACGAUGAAGCUGUGAGCGUUUAUUAUGGAUAGUCAGCAACCAAGUGUAUUUUAUAAAAUCAUUAAAGAAUAUUCCCUCUAACA